UCUAAAAAUUUGUACGCACAUCUUCAUUUCAAGGGCAGAGAUUUGCAUGUUAUUCCAUGGCUCUUGGUAAAUCAGCUGAUCAGAGUCAAAACGCCUCUCAUCCUCCACACAGCUAUGACGUGUUCUUGAGUUUCAGAGGCGAAGACACUCGCAAGACUUUUACUGAUCAUCUCUACACAGCCUUUGUAAAUGCAGGCUUUCGCACAUUUAGAGAUGACGAUGAACUCGAAAGAGGAGAAGAUAUCAAGCCAGAACUGCAGAAGGCCAUCCAGCAAUCGCGAAGUUCUGUCAUUGUGUUUUCAAAAAACUACGCGUCUUCCCGAUGGUGCCUUGACGAACUUGUCAUGAUCCUCGAACGCAAAAGGACGUCAGAUCAUGUAGUUUUACCAGUCUUCUACGACGUAGACCCAUCUCAAGUGAGGAAGCCGAAGGCAAGUCUUGCAACAGCUUUUGUAAAAAAUGUGUCCUUGAAGGUCAAGGUGGAGAAACGGAGGGCUGCACUUACUGAAGUUGCAGAUCUAGCAGGGAUGGUCUUGCAAAAUCAAGCUGAUGGGCACGAGUCAAAAUUCAUCAAGAAAAUUGUUAAAGUGAUUGAAGGCAAAUUAAGUCGCACUGCAUUCAAUGUUGCCCCACACCUGAUUGGAAUCCAUUCUCGAGUUCAAGAUAUUAAUUUAUGGUUACAUGAUGGAUCAACUAGAGUUAGAGUACUUCUCAUUUAUGGGAUGCGUGGAAUAGGGAAGACAACCCUUGCAAAAUUCGUUUACAAUAUAAAUUUCAAAAGGUAUGAGGGAGGCAGUUUCCUGGAAAAUAUAAAAGAACAUUCAAAGCAAACAAAUGGUUUGGUACAAAUACAGAAGAAACUUCUUUCUGAUGUUUUGAACGGCAAAAGAGUGAAAGUAGGGAAUAUUAGCGAGGGAAUAAUUAAGAUUGAAGAUGCUCUUAGCUCUAAGAGAGUUCUUCUCGUUUUCGAUGAUGUGGAUCAUGUCGAACAAUUAGAUGCAGUACUUAGGAUGCAAGGUCAGUUUUGUCCAGGAAGCAAAAUCAUCAUCACAACUAGCCACGCAGCUUUGUUAAAUGCUAGCCACCAAGCCAUUAAGGUGCAUAACCUUGAAACUUUUAGUAGCAAUGAGUCACUGGAGCUCUUCAGUUGGCAUGCAUUCGGGCAAGACCAUCCCGAAAAAGAUUACAUGGAACUUUCAGAAAAGAUGGUAAACCUUAGCGGAGGACUUCCAUUAGCUUUGAAGAUUUUGGGUACUUCUUUAUCAGGGAAGAGUACAGUUGUAUGGGAAAGUGCAUUAAACAAAUUGGAAGCCAUUCCAAAUGGUGAAAUAUUGAAUAAACUCAGAAUAAGCUACGACUCUUUACAAGACGAACAUGAUCGAAGUUUAUUUCUCCACAUUGCAUGUUUCUUCAUCGGAAUGGAGAAAGACGUGAUUGUUCGAAUACUAGAUAGUUGUGGCUUCUACACAAUUGUUGGCAUUCAAAAUCUCAUUGAUAGAUGUCUGGUAACAGUUGAUGAAUAUAACAAGGUGCGUAUGCAUUACAUGAUCCGGGACAUGGGACGAGGUAUUGUUCACCUAGAAUCAAAGGAGCCUGGGGAACGUAGUAGAUUGUGGAAUCACAAAGAUUCUUUCAAAGUACUGAAAGAAAAGAAUGGUACACAAACAAUUGAAGGCCUUGUCCUGAACAUGGGAAUGCAUCCUGCAUAUUGUACUCCACGAAAUUCGAAUGAGGUAACGUUGGAAACCGAUGCAUUUGCAAGCAUGCACAGACUAAGACUAAUCCAACUUAGUCAUGUACGUCUCAUUGGACGCUACAAAGAAUUUCCAACAAAACUAAGAUGGUUGUGUUGGAAUGAGUUUCCAUUUGAUUAUCUACCCAAUGAUCUUACAUUGGAAAGCCUGGUUGUUCUUGAAAUGUGCUAUAGCAACUUGAGACAAGUCUGGAAGGGAAAAAAGGUAUGGGAUCUAGACAAUAUAUUUCCCUUUUCUUUAACUUUUUUUGAGCUUAUAUUUUGUACAUUUAAAGAAUUUGAUCGACUCCUUCCCUUUUUACUUUGUUUGUUGGCAGUAUCUUCCAUCAUUGAAGAUCCUAAACCUCAGUAAUUCCCAUCGCCUUACCGGAACCCCUGAUUUUUCCCAUGUCCCCAAUCUAGAAAGCCUUACUCUUAAAGACUGUACAAACUUGGUUGAUGUUGAAUCCAUUGGAGACCUAAAGAAACUUGUUUAUUUAAAUAUGGAAGAUUGCAAAAAUAUCAGAAAGCUCCCAAAGAACAUUUUUACGCUAAAAGUCCUUGAAACACUUAUCAUAUCUGGUUGCUCAAGUCUUAAUGAGUUUCCACUAGAGAUGGGGAAAAUGGAAUCUCUGAAAGUGCUUCAAGGAGAUGGAGUUCCAAUAUAUUGCUUACUCACUACGAUUGUGGAGGUCAAAUUACAACCAAGAAAAAAUCCAGAGACAUAUUGGACUAGUUAUUUACCAUGCAAUUUAGUGGAA